CCGUCCAUGACUGUGAACCUGUCACGAGGUGGUGGGAGCUGCCCGGCAAAGUAUUUAUUCCAUCCCUGAAGUGCAGUGGUCGACAGAGCCGUCUCAGAAAACCGGUGUGUUGCUGGCCCGCUGGAAUUACAGACAGCAAAGAGGCAAGCAGAAUCGGUGUAGACCGCUAGUGACGGUGGAAGACAGAGACUUGCGGUCAGCUCUCGUGUUUACGUGUGUUGUGUUUGCUUCCAACUGGUGUGACAAUUAACGUGAUGAUACCAUGGCUAGUGUCAGCCGGACUGACAAGAAGUCCGGUAUUGGUGGGGGUGGAGGACCCUUUAUGUUCAUCAGAAGUCGCGGCAGCAUCAGGAAGGAAGGCCCCGGGGCGCUAACCCGGUGGCUGAGGGAACUGCGUCCCGCCGCUGCCGCCGUUCCCAAGCCAUCCCCCGCUCUGGACCGCUCGCUCGCGGCGUACCACAGCGAGGGGAAAGGGCUGAGGCGUCGCAAAGAUCGGGACAAGCGGCGCCAUUCCUUCAACGAGCAACAGCCUCCACCUACGGCGACUAACAGUGUUGAACCUAAUGGCUUCGACUCUGCCGCCGCAAAAACGUGUCACAUGGCGAGGGAUGUCGUUCUGUCGCCGAGUCGCGUCAUGAUGUCGGCUCGCUCGACGCCCAACCUGCAACAGGCCCCGCCCUCUCAGCAGCAGCAUCAGCAGCAACCGGACGCGGCCGUCGCGGUGCGGGGUGAAAACAAAACGUCCAUCUACUCAUAUCUGCAUAACCAAUCGGGACUGAACUUCGCGCCAGUGGUGCAGCAGCAGACGCAAGGGGAUACCGGGUCACCGCCUCCAGCACCACCCGUUCGAGACCCGUCCAGCCUCAAGUGUGUCAAAUAUGGGCCAGGUCACGAGAAGUUCCCAUCGUGGCCGGUGUCUGCAGCCGCCGAUACACCGCAGUCAAUGCGGUCUGCUCCAGGAGGGGGUUCCCACAGGUCUAAGUCCUGGACUGACCAUACAAAUUAUCCCAAGGAGAAAGGGAUCACAUACACGCGCCCCUACAUGAAGCGCCCCAACCCGGCGUUCACUCAGCAGCAGCUGAAGACUGUCAUGGAGAGAUGCGAGAAGAUUCCAGCAGAAACAUUUGAAUCACGACCUGAAAUAGUGGAAGACAGUCAGGGACGCCUGUAUCUCCCAAGGGUGGACCGUGAAGGCAAAGCUUUAGGAGACACAGAGUAUAUGGUUCCAUCCCCUCCUGAGCGGGAUAUCAUCAGUAAGCCACAGCUAACCCAGGCAGAUCUGGAAGAGUAUGCAAGAUCUUAUCAGGAUCCACCACAACUUACACGAGUUGAUCUUGAGGAAUAUGCAAGAUCUUAUCAGGAUCCGAAGCCUCAGGCAACUCAUCUCACGCAGGCAGACCUAGAAGAAUACUCACGCACGUAUGAUGCACUAAAGCCACAACACCAGCAGCAGCAAUCUUAUGCUCAGUCGGAGGGAUACCACAGUUAUGUUUCUAGUACUGACUCUAUCACCACAACGCCAUUUCUGGACAGGUUGCGAAGAGACAGUGAAGCCACAACAAGACCAGGUGCAGCUCCGGAGACGUCGUGGGAUGAGCACCCUGAAAGGGAACGUGAUGGCAGUCAUGCUGGCAGAGACAGCGUUGUAACAACAAGUUCGGGUAGUGCUUCCUCCAGCGAAACCCUAAAGUGGCAUGGUUCCCUAAGUGAUGUAAGUGUAGCAAGCAGUUCGUGCACACAUCAUGGGUCAGCAUCUUCAUCAUCAAGGCAGCUUAUAGCGCACAGUGCACGUGUUCAGACGCCGCAACGACAUCACUCUGAGAGCGUUCUGUAUCUUGGAGGUGGCAAUACGACACAGGGUAAUGGAUGGCAGGCCCAAGUACAGCGCAAUAACCACCAUAACAAGUUACGGCUGUUCCCAGUGAACACGUACACUGUUCAGCCUAUUGAGCAGCAGUCCUCUUCUCAUAGGUUGAUUCCGAUGUCUUUGCUGCCCCCUACAUUGUCUGUAGCUGAGAGAAUCAAUGAACUAGAGCGCCAGCAGACCAGGUACACGUACCUGGAUCCAGACAAGCGACAUCGUGUGUCAGAUCCAACACUGAAAGCUAUCCAGAAGAAAGCACUGCUGUCAUUUUAUGAACGCCAUCAUUCUGCCACUGCAAGGAGCCAGACAUGGAGAUCAGAGCCUCAGUUAGCUCAGCCAACAUCUGUUGCACCUUGCCCACAGUCACCUCCUCCUCAACCACCUCCUCGACCCCGUGCCUCACAGUCAUCCCGCAGAGCCUCAUCAGCGUCAGACUAUGCUGGUGGCUCAUGGCGAGAGACGGCAGUAAAUAAAGAGAAUUUUAACUCUGAGUCUGGUAGUAUUCGUGAUGGGCCACGCCAUCAACACAGUUCCAGCUGUGGCUCUCUCUCUACUGAUCUGCUUGGACCGCUCAUAGUCGGUCCAUCCAUCUCUGUUGAUGACUGGGUUCCAGAGCGACCUCCUAAGAAACCUCAUCUACGAGCUGCUUUUCCACCACCUGUUCCUGAACGACUUCCAAGUCCAGACUUGCCUCCACCUUCACCACCACCAGUACUUGAAGAUGAAGUGUUUGCGUCUGAUGAACCACUGCCUCCUCCGCCUCCAGAACUUCAUUCUCCUGACAGGACAGUUGUGUCUGAAUCUCACGAGGAAAGAACUUCUUCACCCCCAAAACAGUUGUCACAGAACAUUUCAUCACUUCAGAGGCAUCAAGAUACUACAGUCCGGAAUUUGGAAAGUAGUUCAGAUAGAAGUCCAGAGAAUGGCAGUCCAGUCCAAAAUGAAUCUGCAGCCCAAAGACAUGGUGAGAACAGUGUUACUUCACCUCAAAGACAAUCUGGAAACUUGACACAGCGGCAUCCAGAAAAUAUGACAUCACCGCAGGGUCCUUCAGAAACCAAUGUGCCUCAGAUAUCUGCAGCAAAUAAUCUGCUUUCUAGUAGACAUGUUGAUGGUUCUAACCAAAAAGUCCAAGACAAGUACUGCAAAAACAGUAGCCUUGCAGAUAGCAACCACACCCUGCAGAGACAAACAGAAAAUGGAAUUUCAUCCCAAAGGUAUCCAGAACGAGGCUUGUCACUUCCAAGAAACACUGAAGAUUGUGUUGUACCACAUAAACGUCUUGAGAAUAUCAUCACGUCCCAAAGACAUCUAGAGCAUAGCAACGUGACUCAGAGACACAGAGAAAGUGCUACAACUCAGAAGCAUGUAGGUAAGAGCAAUCAAAACCAGGGAUCUGUCAGUAAUGAAAUUACCCUUCAGAGAUACCACCAGAAUGGCUCAUCCCUGAGGCAUCUGGAAAAUGGCACUGGAAGUCAGAAACAAGCAGAAAAUGGAAAUAUAACUUCAAGACUAACAGAUAGCAUGAAUGUAACGCAGAGAUCCAUAGAUACUAAUGUCUCCAUGACUAGGCAUACCAGCAGUGCAACCCUGACUAGAAGACAAGAGUGUGGUGCAGUCAGUAACAGCCAUGUGGGAAACAGUUCAAGUCAUCAAGGCUACAUUGUAACAUCCCCAGCAUACAGAAAUAUGAAUGACACAUUUGCAAGAACUUCAACUAUCAAGCCAUUAGAAAGUGAUACAUGUACUUCUGCAGGAAUGCCCUUGUCCAGACAUGGCGAUAACACCAGAUCAUCACUACGUUAUCCAACUCAGAAAUUAAUGGUGAAUGGAAAGCUGGCGACACCAGUUUUAGAACAGAUGAAGCUGCAAGAGAAACCACCAGAUUCAGUGAGGAUCACAGAUAGAAUGGGUUUCAGGAAUGGAGAAGUUGUGCUCCCAUCCAAACUUCGUCUUCAGAAUUUUCCAACCGCGGUAAGUAAUGGAGCAGGUAAUAUGCCAGAAGAACCAUCAAGAACGUCCACAUCUCCACAGAUGGUUAAACAGGAGAACAGUGUAAGUGGGAAGCUAGAACAGACGGAGGGGAGAGAUCGUGACCCCAGAAUUUCACCAUCGUCGCCUACUGCAGUUUCUUCCGAGGGAAUUACGAAUGAUCCACAGCAUGUUGACGAGACAGAGCAGAAGAUCCAGGAACCUCCUGCACCAGUCACUAGACUCGCCAUGCGCUGCCAGUCGACCACUUCCAAGGCGUCCUACCUCGCGUGUCAUCGUGAACGAGACAGGGGAUUGCCUAACUUCGAGGGGAGCUACAAGAGAACCAUGUCGCCUUCCGGCCAGGAGGCCACCAACACCACGCAAAGGCUUUCCACAGAAUGUGAUAGAGUGCCCAGUGCAGGCAACAUCGCUGUAUCAGCUGAAGAAGAGCAACAGCGAUCCUCUAGUCAUCAUAUUCAGGCUGUGCGCAGUGAUAGAUUUGUUGUUUUAACUUCUGUGUUGGACUGUAACUCGAAUAAGGAAUCCAGUGCAAGGACUAGUGAUGAAGUGCAGUUAGUAAAAGAGGAAACCCAGUGCAAAGUUACACUGUCUCCCUCUCUUGAAGAACACAGGAAGGUGACUUUGAAUGUGGAGAUAGAAACACAAUGUGACAUGCUUGAGGCAGAGACCACCUUGACACUAGACCCCUGUUCACCGCCACAGUCACCCCCUGCUGUGCAGCAAAGGAUAGGUUCUCAAGUGAUGGAAUCCCUCCAGCUAGUGCAGCGUUCAGAAGUUAUUCUGCGUGUGAACGCCGCAACGAGUGAUGCAGCUUCUCAGACUGAAUCGGAGAGAGAAACGGAAGUAGUGAUAUCACCCUCAGUUCGACGGAAACUUCAAGAAGAAAUCGAGUGUGAAAGACUUUCCCUAGAUCUUGCUAGCCAUCUUCCACCUUCUGAUAAACUUCAGGGACUCUUAGUGCCAGCACCCGAAUACAAGAAACCAACAGAUUAUGUGAGUGGUUUGUUCAGACUGGAUGUAACACAAAGACCUAGAGUAACGGCAUCAAACACUGCAAUGUCACAGACAACAACAGUAUCAACAACAAAGUUAAAAUCCACCACAACUACCAGUACAGCUAGCAGUGAUGUUCCAGCACAGACACUCGAUGGACAGGCCAGUAACGAAGAAAUCAGGGAGUCUACUGGCAGUACGGUGAGUCCUCUGUCAGCCAAUUCUGCUUACUUCACUACAUCAGAGUCCAAAGCAAAAUUCCUCACACGCUAUGGCAGAGACAUGAACCAGUCGGAGCAACUAAACGGGCUACAAGACAACAAAGACUUACAACAGAAGAAGGAGGAGCUGAUGGCCCGACUAGACCGUAAGCUGCAGGUCCUGCGGGGCGAGCAUCUAGUGGUGACUGAAGAGUCACGAGUGAACGAUGAACUUGGUGAGAGUGUUGCAGCUCAAGUUUCGCGUCUGGCACGGCCACAUGAAGCUUCUAAAUAUCGACUGCAUGUUGAAGAAGUAGGAAAAAUCACCAGCUUGCUUUUGGGUCUGUCUGGACGCCUAGCCCGUGCUGAGAAUGCUCUAAUGGGAUUGCCACAUCAUCACACUGAAAGGAAAAUUUUGGAGUCCAAAAGAGACAAGCUGAAAGAACAGUUAGAAGAAGCCAAGAAACUGAAAGAAAAUAUUGACCGACGAAGUGUGUGUGUGUCAAACAUCUUAUAUAAAUAUUUCAAUGCUGAAGAAUAUGCUGACUAUGAUCAUUUCAUCAACAUGAAGGCCAAGUUAAUAAUGGAUUCACGGGAAAUAGCAGACAAGAUUAAAUUGGGAGAGGAGCAGUUGGCAGCAUUGAAAGAAACUUUAUCUGCAUCUGGUUGAAGCUGCUGUACAUAUGACGUAGCCUUACUUUUUUUUAUGCUUGUCGGCCAGUGGAACUGGUCAACUUGGGUGCCUAGUCUUUUGAUUCCUGUGCUUUUUUACAUGCCCAGUGCUGCAACAGAAUAUCCACAAGACUUAACUUCAGUGCCUAAACAGGCAAAUUGUGUUUAAAUUUCCUCCAUGAAUAUUUUUUUAACAGACUGGGGCUACAGGGUGCUGGAAGUUCAGUAGAUAGUAAUGAGAUGGGAAGGCAGUGAAAAGCAGCAUGUGAAGUAGAUGCAUGUUGAUGUUCUUACUCCAAGCCUUUCAGUUACAGCAAUAAUUGCUGACCCUGGAUUUGAAGAACUGUUUGAAAUGUGGAGUUUGAAUUUCUUGCAGUAAGACAAGUUGAUGGUUCUAGGGAUCAAAAUUUUGUGACUGUCCUUUCAAAUUGUUCGGUAGUGUUGGAUAGUUUGUUUCUUUUGAAUUUUCUGUGAAUAAUUCUAUAAAGUUAAGUUCAGUGGAAUUAAUUAAUUAAUUAAUUAAGUAAUGACUGUCACCAAUUUUCUUACCCUUCAGUGGUGGUUCAUUACUGUUCGAAUAUAUAUAUAUGUACUUCGUACUUAUUUAUUUGUAUAGACAGAAUGCUUAAUUUGUACACCCAUCAUACAAAAUUAAUUUUACUAAAUUUGACAUACACUCAACUCUCUAUUAUCCGGGAUAAUGCUGGGGAUGGAAAUCA